GGUUGCCCAGGCAACUAAUUGGGCGGCGCCUGCGCGAGCGGGAAGAAAGCAAACGUGUGAUGUUUGCUUGCGGUUUAAUCGGAGCGAUUUCAGGGGUGGCGGUCUCUAAACUAACAGCCUCGGAGCUCACGGCUUCUGAUCCAGGCUGUACGUCCGCCCCUUGGGGGCCAUGAGCCAGAUUUCCAGGCUCGUGCCCUCUCGCUUCCUGACGCUACUGGCACAUCUGGUGGUCGUCAUCACCUUAUUCUGGUCCCGGCCUGCCGUCUUUCACCUCUCUGCUCCCGGCUCUGCUCCCCAGGACAGCAACAUCCAGGCCUGCCUGCCGCUCACGUUCACCCCAGAGGAGUAUGCAAAGCAGGACACUCAGUUGGUGGCAGCACUCUCUGUCACCCUGGGACUCUUCGCUGUGGAGCUGACUGGUUUCUUCUCCGGAGUGUCCAUGUUCAACAGCACCCAGAGCCUCAUCUCCAUUGCUGCUCAUUGUAGUGCGUCAGUGGCCAUUUCCUUUUUCAUAUUUGAGCGCUGGGAGUGCACUGCAUACUGGUACAUUUUUGUGUUCUGCAGUGCCCUCCCUGCUGUGACUGAAAUAGCGUUAUUCAUCAGCGUCUUUGGGCUGAAAAAGAAACCUUUCUGAUCACCUCAUGAGGAGAACAAAAGGAUGAAGGCUUGAAGAACAAAGAGCCACUCACCAUUCUUGGAAGAAGGAAGGCAGAGAAGUCAGCCUUCCUCCUAAAAAAAGCAUCUGCUGGAGGAUAUUAGUGUUAGGAUAAACUCUCUCGAGCCUGGGGCCAUCCACUUCUAUUUAGUAUUUUGUAAUUUUGUAGUAAAACCUACCAGGAGAAUUAGAGUAGUCCAAAUACAGGAUAAACAGAGAAGGUUGGUUUCCAGACUGUAAGAUUAUAGGUACUUUUAUUUUUACCAGAGCCACCUCACAGCUCUGCUUUAUUGUGGCUCUGGAGAUUGAAUUUGGGAUGUUUGGUGCCUCAGGCCUGAAAGACUUUUUUUUUUUUUUUUUUUCCUCCUCCAGGGUUAUUGCUGGGCUGGGUGCCUGCACCAUGAAUCCACCGCUCCUGGAGGCCAUUUUUUUUCCCCCUUUUGUUGCCCUUGUUGUAGCUUCGUUGUGGUUAUUAUUAUUGUCCUUGUUGACGCAAUUCGUUGUUGGAUAGGACAGAGAGAAAUGGAGAGAGGAGGGGAAGACAGAGAGGGGGAGAGAAAGACAGACACCUGCAGACCUGCUUCACCGCCUGUGAAGCGACUCCCCUGCAGGUGGGGAGCCGGGGGCUCGAACCGGGAUCCUUACGCUGGUCCCUGCGCUUUGCGCCACAUGCGCUUAACCCACUGCACCACCGCCCGACCCCCCUGAAAGACUUUUUUACAAGAAUUUAUUAGUUGGGGCCAGGUGAUGAUGGCAUACUUGGUUAAGCACACACAUUACAGUGUGCAAAGACUUGAGUUCAAGCCCCUGGUCCCCACCUGCAGGGGAAAGUUUCAUGAGUAGUGAAGCAGGGCUGAAUGUGUCUCUCUGUCUAUCUCUUUUUUAAUUUAACUAAAGCACUGUUCAGCUCUGGUUUAUGGUGGUGUGGAGGAUUGAACCUGAGACUUUGGAGCCUCAGGCAUGAGAGUCUGUUUCCAUAACCAUUAUGCUGUUUACCCUCUGCCCUGUCUCUCUAUCUCCUUCUCCCCUCUCAAUUUCUCUCUGUCUCUGUCCAAUAAUAAAUAAAUAAAGAUAAUAGAGGGCUGAGCGGUGGUGCACCUGACUAAGCGCACAUAUUACAGAGCACAAGGACCUGUGCAAGCAUCCUGGUUCCAGCUCUGAGUUGCUUCAUAAACGGUGAAGCAGGUCUGCAGGUGUCUGUCUUCUCUCUUCCUAUCUUUCUCUCCCUUCUCAAAUUCUCUCUGUCCUAUUAAAAAAAAAUAAAGAAAAUGGCUACAGGAGCACUGGAUUCAUAGGGCAGACAUGGAGCCCCAGUGAUAACCCUGAAGGCCAAAAUGAAAAAGAAAAAAAAAAAGAAAACUGGUGCAAGGAUCCCGGUUCGAGCCCCCGGCUCCCCACCUGCAGGGGAGUCCCUUCACAAGUGGUGAAGCAGGUCUGCAGGUGUCUAUCUUUCUCUCCCCCUCUGUCUUCCCCAUCUCCCCCCAUUUCUCCCUGUUCUAUCCAACAACGACAACAGCAAUAAUAACUACAACAGUAAAACAACAAGGGCAACAAAAGGGAAUAAAUAAAUAUUAUAAAAAAGUAAAACCCUAAAAAAAAAGAUUUAUUUAUGAGAAAGAGAGAGAAAAACCAAACUCGGGCCCUCAUAGUUGAGAAUCCAAUGCUGUAUCCACUGUGCCACCUCCCGGACCACCUGAGAGAUUUUUUUUUUUAAUAUUUUAUUUGUUUAUUAAUGAGAAAGAUAGGAAAGAGAAAAAACCAGACAUCACUUUGGCACAUGUGCUGCCGAGAUCGAACUCAGAACCUCAUGCUUGAGAGUCCCAAGCUUUAUCACUGCGCCACCUCCUGGACCACCUGAGAGAUUUUUUAAUAGCAAUUAUGCUAGUGCCCAGUCCUAUAGGAAUUACUUUUUUUAAAAAAGAAAAGAAUUGUAGUUUGGGAAGUGGCACAGUGAAUAAAGUGCUGGAUUUUCAAUCAUGAGGCCCUAACUUCAACAGUGUAUGGUCCAGGAGAUGGCAUAGUGGAUAAAGCAUUGGAAUCUUAAGCAUGCGGUCCUGAGUUCAAUCCCUGGUAGCACAUGUACCCGAGUGAUGUCUGGUUCUUUCUCUCUCCUCCUUUCUCACUAAUAAAUAAAUAAAAUCUUUAAAAAGUGGAGGGUAGAUAGCAUAAUGGUUAUGCAAACAGACUUUCAUGCCUGAGACUCCAAAGUUCCAGGUUCAGUCCCCCACACCACCAUAAGCCAGAGCUGAAUAGUGCUCUGGUUAAAAAAUUAAAAAAAAAAAAAAUCUUUAAAAAAAUAAUCUACAGCAGUGUAUGUACUGAGAUCUCUAUGAGAAAGGAGAGCCCAGAGCUCCUUCCCAUCACACUAGAUCCCUGCAGUAAUAGAACCUAGGUCCUAACUGAUGCCAUCAAUGCCCUGGAACAGCUGAGCAAAACCUUUUUUUGGGCUUCUAUAUUGGUUACUACGGUAGUGACUGACGGAAGUGAGUGGGUGGGGAUAUGUAAAUAAGGCGUAGGUCGGAGGCUUUCCAAGCUGUGAGUGAUGCAUUAUGGGAGCAGUUAGUUUAUCUUUUCGCCCCAGAUGUAGGAAAUAUACUUUUGAAAUGCUUCAAAUAAAUGCAAAUGCAGAAAUAGAUAACUUAAGUAGCUAAUUUUGUUUUGUUUAACGCAGCAUAUAGUCACCGUAACUGUAAGUGGAAUCUUUUCCAGUGAGUAUGGAAAUUCUCAGUGUUUUCGAUUAUCGUCAGUAAGGUUAAUCCUUACCUGUUCCUCCUCUGGAGGGCAGAUACGAACAUGAUGAUUGGAGUACACAUGAUUCGUGAUUAACGACUCUGUGUAGUCAGGGCUUGCAACACCCUGAUUGCUCCUAUCUGAUUCUUA